CAAUGAAGUAGUAAAAGGGGGGAACAUCUGUGGCAGUGGAGAAGGAAAGGUUUUUAGCCUUUAGACUGUUUGUUUUGGGUUCCCCUUUUUUAUUUACUGAAUUCCAGAGGCGACCAAUACACAGAAGUGAAAAUGAAGUUCAUCAUUGGCAUUGGCGGAGUGACCAACGGUGGGAAGACCACUUUGACAGAUAGACUACUAAAGACAUUACCCAACUGUUGUGUGGUGCAUCAGGAUGACUUUUUCAAGAAACCCGAUCAAAUAGAAGUCGGGGAGGACGGCUUUAGACAGUGGGAUGUGAUCACGGCCCUGGAUAUGGAGGCUAUGGUCAGCACUGUGAAGGGCUGGCAGGAGAAUCCGGUCAAGUUUGCCCGCUCACAUGGCGUCAGCCUCGCACCUGAAGCUGAGGAAGUCAACUCAAAGGAUAAGGGGAUCCAUAUUCUCAUCGUGGAAGGGUUCCUCAUCUACAACUACAAGCCUCUUAUUGACAUCUAUGACAAAUGUUUCUACAUUUCCAUUCCUUAUGAGGAAUGCAAAAGGAGGAGAAGUACAAGGACAUACACAGUCCCUGACCCCCCCAACCUGUUCGAUGGCCACGUCUGGCCCAUGUAUUUGAAACACAGGAAAGAGAUGGAGAACUGUGACAGAAUAGAGUACCUUGAUGGGAUGACAUCAAAGAAAGCUAUCUACAACAAAGUGUAUGAAAGCAUUCAGAACUCCCUGCUGAACUUAUAGCAAGACGGGGACAACAACGGAUUUGUGUAUAGACUUGUAAAUAUCAUUUUGCGUCAAUGCGUGACACCAGUUCUGUACUUCUGGCCUGAUUUGUAAAUAGUUAAUCCAUAACUUUUUUUCUAAAAGAUAAGCCAUCCCUGGGCUGCCCAGUGUUUAACAUCAGGGACAGAGCUCAACUCUGAUCUUGUUGUAUGUGAAAGUAUAAAACGCCUACCGGGAGGAAGGAUAUAAAUAAAACGACUGAAUCUA